AUUCGACGCAUCCGCUUGGACAACUUCAUGUGCCAUAACAAGCUGACGGUGGACUUUCACAAGUACAUCAACAUCAUCAAUGGUCAAAACGGAACGGGCAAGAGCGCUGUGCUGACGGCGCUGGCUAUCGCGCUAGGCUGCAGGCCUAAGCUGACUGGUCGGUGCGAUGCUCUCAAGGACCUGAUCGGGCCAUAUGCGGACAGGAGCAUCGUUGAGGUUGUGAUUGUACAGUGUAGAGAUGAUCCUUAUCGUGGAAGCAACUCCCGUGAGAACUGGGACUUUGGGAAAGAGGUCAUCAUCGAGAGAAUAAUCCAAAAGACAGGCGCCUCAGCGUUCAAGAUCAUGACAGAGGAUAGGACCGUGGUGUCGACCAAGAAAGAAGAUCUGAUGAAGAUCCUACAGCAUUUCAACUACCAGAUCGAGAACCCCGUGCAUGUUCUCUCGCAGAAAGACGCCAAGACUCUUCUGCAGUCAGCGACCAAGAAAAGCUUUUACGACUUCUUUUUCGAA